AUGCCUACCCUUAAGGGACGAGUGUGGUUUACGCUGAAAUACGAGGCGGAGACGGAGAGGCUUCAAAUCCACAUCAUCAAAGUAAAACACUUGCCGUCGCGUACGCCUGCUCUCGCCAACGCCUGCGAUCCUUACAUCAAAAUACAAUUGAUGCCAGAUGAGAGAAGAGUUCUGCAAACGAAGCAGAAGAAAAAGACUUGCAACCCAUUCUUUGAUGAGACGUUUGUGUAUCAGAUACCGCCCGGUAAGCUGGAAAGUCUUACGCUGAAGUUGUCAGUACUGGACACGGGUCGUGUUGGCAGGAACAAGCCAUUGAUUGGCCACAUCAUUCUGCCACUUAGCGAAUUGGAAGGGGUGGCGCCGGAUGAAGAACCACAACUGUAUAAAAUGGAUAUCGAGAAGGACGUACAAGAACCCACAUCAGACCUCGGUGAGGUCCAGGUCUCAUUGUUGUAUAAUGAAAAUCUUCACAGACUCACCGUGACUGUGAUAGAAGCAAGGGGCCUCAAACUUGACCCGACGAGCAAAAGGGAAAUGGUGGCGCGUGUGACCCAAGAACGAGCGUGUCGUGGCGUCCGCGCACGUCGUACAGCCGCGGUGGAAGUCUCCGAAGAUGGGAACGCUCUCAUCUCAGAGUGCUUCAACUUCAGAUUACGCGCAGAUGAGUUGCAUACCACCAGCGUGACAGUGCAAGCACUGCAGCCACACUCCGUAUAUGCCAAAGAUCGCCUGCUGGGCAAAUUCGUACUAGGCUCCUAUAUGUUUGCAAGAGGUCGAGCCCUACAACAUUGGAACACAGCAAUCGGAAACCCCAUGGAACAAGUCAAACAAUGGCAUCCACUGACGAACUAA